AAAACCCUCCCUCGAACAUGCCGUUUACACUUUUACUCUCUCAGCAGCAGCAGCAGCAGCAGCAGCAGCAGCAGCGCUGCGCUGCGCCGGUGGACUCGUUUUUGUUUUGUUAUUACUAACAAUAAUAACAAUACGCGCAAACCUUUGAUUGCUGAAUUUCUAGAGGAAGGGUUAGUGACCUCUGCUUUCUUUCUUUCCUUCCUUCAUUCAUUCUCACCAAAUGCUGAGAGCACACCACCGACUGCCAGCAACCGCGCCGAACUCGUCUCGCCUUUUCUCCGCAAUUGCCGCCCUGAUCCACGCCCUCGACUAUUCCAGCGGCGACGAGAAAGAGAAGCCGUUCCCCAGCUCCGCUCGCGACCCCCCGCCCUCGCCGCCCAAACUGACCUCCGCGCAUGUCCUGCGAACCUUACGCGGCCUCCGCAACAGCCCUCUCGUCGCCCUCGCCUACUUCAGGGACUGCGAGAACCUAGGGUUCCGCCACGACCUCUCCACCUACUCGGAGAUCGUCCGCCUCCUCUCCGCCCCCCCCGGCCACAAGGAGAAGCUCGUCUCCUUGUUCCUCCGUCUCCUCAAUUCGCCGAAUGCGUGCGCCGCGGUCGCCGCAGUUUUCGGCCGCCUCAAACGGAGCUCGCACGGCUCGACGGCGCCGCUCGCCUUCGCCUUCGACGCCCUGAUCAAGGCGCACGCCGCUCGACGAAAUGCCCGAGAGACCGUCGCGAUCUUUCGCCGGAUCGGUGGGCUCGGCGUCUCCCCUUCCGUCAGGUCCUGCAACUUCCUUCUGAAUUUCGCUGCCGAAUGCGGCGAAUUGGAGAUGGUUACCGCGGUUUACGAUUGGAUGAAGGGAUUCGGAAUACGCCCCGAUGCCUACACGUUCACUAUUCUUAUUAAAGCUCUUUGCCACGCCGGAAAAUCGGAAGAAGCGUUCGAAAUGUUUAGAAGAAUGAAGGAAAUGGGCGUGAAACCGGAUAAAAUGACGUAUGCGACGUUCGUUGCAGGAAUGUGCUCUUGCGGCGAGUUAAACUUGGGGUAUGCGGUUCUAGAAGAGACCGUUCGAGAGGGCGUCAUCCUUAGUGCGAUUGAUUAUAACAUGGUGAUUGAUGGGCUCUGCAAAGAGAAUAGACUCCAAGAAGCCGAGAUGCUUCUGCAGAAAAUGGCGAGGCAAGAUGUCACUCUUGAUUCGUAUGGCUAUAGUUAUCUUAUUCGCAGGUAUUGUGAAGUAGGAAAUUUAGUGAAAGCUUUAGAUCUUUAUGAAGAGAUGGCGUCCAAAGGUAUACAAACAAGUCCUCUUAUCGUGAGCUAUGUUCUUCAAUGCUUUAGGAAGUUAGGCCUCGCAUCCGAGGCAUUGCUUUACUUCCAGAAAUUUAGGGAGUCGGGACUCUCCCUAGAUAAGGUUCUCUACAACAUUGGUAUAGAUGCUCAUUGCAAGCUGGGUAACAUGAAAGAAGCAUUGAACCUGCUUCAAGAAAUGAGGGAUAAAGGGUUUGCUCCUGAUAAAAUCCAUUACACUUGUUUGAUUAAUGGGUAUUGCCUCAAGGGAGAAAUAGUUAAUGCCCAGAAGGUGUUUGAGGAUAUGCUUCAGACAAAUGUAGAGCCUGAUCUCGUUACUUACAAUGUACUCGCUAGUGGUUUUUGUAAGUAUGGGUUUGUGGAUGAGGCGUUCGACCUCUUGGAUUUUAUGGUGGAUCGAGGAAUAGAGCCCAAUGCUCUCACUUACGGUUUGGCGAUUGACGGUUUCUGCAGAGGAGGAAAGCUUAGCGAGGCAGAGAUACUAUUUAAUAUAUUAGUAGAAAGAGGAAUCGAUCAAAGUGAAGUUCUUUUUAGUGCGAUGGUUUGCGGAUACUUACAUUUGGGCUGCACGGCCCAUGCUUACAUGCUUUUCCUCAGGUUUGCUGCGCAAGGAAGGCUUGUGGAUGAGAUCUCUUGUUCUAAGCUUAUAGGUGGGCUUUGUAAAGAUGGAAAUGUAGAAGGAGCUUCUAAUGUAUUCAAUACAAUGUUAGAGAAGAAUGUUAUUCCCGAUACAAUUUCCUAUAGCAAAAUAAUUAUGGCUUACUGUAAGAGCGGUGAUAUGCAAAAUGCCCGUGCUUGGUUUGAAGAUUUAGUUAGACGAGGGGUUUCUAUUGAUGUCAUUUUGUAUACCACUCUCAUAAAUGGAUACUGCAAGGCCAAUCGCUUGCAAGAAGCCUGUGACUUGUUUGUUGAAAUGACCAAGAUUGGAAUUAAGCCUGAUGUGGUUGCGUACACUGUAUUACUGGAUGGCCAUCUGAAAGAGACUUUAAAGCAAGGUUGGUUGGGCAUUGCUAAGGAUAGAAGGAAAAUUGAAUUCAAAGUUAAACAUUCAAAAUUGUUGAAUAGUAUGAAGGAUAUGAAAAUCGAACCUGAUGUUGUUUGCUACACAGUAUUGAUUGAUGGCCAAUGCAAGACGGAGUAUAUUAAGGAUGCUCGUAAGCUGUUAGAUGAAAUGCUUGAGAAGGGGUUGACACCCGAUGCCUAUACAUAUACGGCUCUCAUAAGUGGGUACUGUAGCCAGGGGGAAAUAGCUAAAGCUGAAAAGCUGUUAGAAGAAAUGGUGGAUAGAGGUAUAGAGCCUGAUAUGCUUACUUUCUCAGUGCUGGAUCGUGGGAUUUUAAGGGCUAGAGAGAUGCAAAGAUGAAUACAAUGAUUGUUUUUCACUAUGCUGAUUAGCUUUUAUAUAUGAUUGUGCCGGCGGACCUAUGUGCAGAGCAUGUGGAAAUGUUCAACCAGUUUUACCAGGAUGAAGCGGAAGUAACAUCCUUAGUACCAUGACAUAUAAUUCAAGAGUAUAAUAUAUGAGGAAUGAGCAUAUACAGGUAUAUAAUACUAAAGCUUCAUUGCAUUUUCUUUCCCCCGUGUUUUUGCUUCUAUAUUACCUUUAUAUCUGCAUUUCCCAUUGCUGGAGGACAUAGCACAUGUGUAGUGUGUGAUAUAUUACACUUUGGGAGCGGCAUAUGUUUGUACAACUAGCUGGCCUCUCUCUUUAGCAGAGUGGAGGAGAAUAAGCCUUUUAAUGUGGUGCGUGUCUCGACCAUCCUUUCUUCCGACAUGCUGUGCUUCUCAUCCUCUAGCGGUGGCUGCGGCGGCGGCGGUUGCAGCCGUCGGGAAUGGGCGGCCCUUCCCUACGAUGUGCUCUUCUACAUCGCCGGCAAGUUGACUAUCAUUGAUUAUCUCAUCUUUCGAACAGUGGUUUGCCGCCAUGCAGGCGCCCCACGCCCCCUAUCACCGGCAAGUUGACUUUUGCCGGCCUGGCUUUCAAAAUAAGAACCCACCUGGAGGGGUAGGAAUUUAAUAAUCUGUUCCAACUGGGACAAAAGGCCUGCAUGAUAUGAGAAACAUUUGAAGGAGAAGGAUAUGUUGGUUGACGAAGAUUCUUUUUCGGCUCAGGUUACAAUGGUCCAUAUGCGGGCCAAGAAGAGCAAGGGUGGUCAUCCAAAGGCCGAACAAAAUCUUUGCGAUAAAUGUCAAGCGAAGAUCGAGGCAGCAGAAUCGCCUAUCUAAUAGGAACUCGAGAAUUUUCGCCGCUCGGUCUGGGAAAGGCUAUGCUGGCUGAAGGUGGUAAAGAAUUGAGUACCAAAGAAUCGCCCACGAGAGGUGGCCAAACCAUCAUCAGCCCAAUAGCGACGGCACCAGACUCCAAGUCUCGAAAGGUCGGGAGUUAUGUAGCUGAGAAUCGUUUAGGUACUGGUCAACACGCCCGCAAACAGGUGGGCUGAGGCCAAUACAUUGCUUCAGCCGAAAGGAAGAAUUAAUAAGCCGACUGUUGGAAUUAGAAAGCAGCGGAAAUUUACAAACUUGUUAGUUAGUGUAUUCAGAAACCGAAAUCGAAUCGGGUUGCUUGUUUUAUUAGCCUCAUGAAGAUCUAUCAAAGACGUCUUUGACGGAUUGAGGGCUAAAGCUCGAGGAGGAAGUGAAGACGUUAGGAGUCGUUGGACGCAGAUGACAGAACACGUGGCCGAGAAGUGCAAGCUGGUUUGGAGGAAGGUGGAUAGUGGCCGAACUUCAUGGCCUGAAGGAACUAAAGUUACUGUCCAGUUCGGUUCCUUUUCGCCUAUUCAGAUAAAUGGCGAAUGAAGAAAGUAACCUUUCUUCUCCAAUGUUUCAACAUAGCAGCUGAGGAAACCUGUCCCUAAAAUCUUGUUUCUUUGCUCAUCUCAAUCUGCUGCAACAUUCAUUUUCGGGAAUUUCAGUCCAGAUCACAUGCACCCAUAUUAGUGAGUUUUGACUCCCUCCCAAGGAUUUCCACAAUUCCACUGGUGAAGUAAGGGGGGUGUUUGGUUUUCCAGAAAAGUACCCCAAAAAUUAUUUUUUUUGCUAAGAAAAGUACUUUCCGUCCGUUUGAUUCCGAUAAAAUGUAGUUUGUUAGGAAAAGUUUUUUUUUAAGAUAAUUCAUGAAAAUGUCCCUUCUUGUUUUCCA